UGGACGUGUUGUGCGAAACCACAUACUCUAAGUCCAACCCUGCUCCAACUUUUUGCCUUUGAGCUGAAAUGAAAUCCUCGCGCAAGAGAGAAAUUCACCGUUUUACUCAUGAAUUAGGAUUUUCUCCACAGGAAUAACAAGACGUCACGUUUAGAAGCUGGAGUCAACAUGGCGUGAAAUUCCUCGUGUGGUUUCUAUCCAUCAAAUAUUGAAAGGAGGGUUGGGUGUUAUGGCGGAGGGGGAGGAGGCCAUGAGCCAGGAGGACUGGAAGGAGAAGUGUAUGGUCCUGGAGGCCCUGCUCAUGAAGUUCCGAGUGCAGAUAAUCAAGAUUCGAGAACUCACCGCUGACAAGAUUCAACAAUUGGAGACGCAGGUUAUCGAUGCAGAAAAGCGGGCCUUCACCGCUCACCAACAGGUGCAGUGGAUGGAGGAGAAGCUGAAAGCUCCGGACAGCCAGUCCGGAGACUCCGAGGUGCGUUUGUUCCAGCGCUGCCAGGAGCUGCAGGCCUCGCUGCAGGAGAAGGAGGACGUCAUCGGCCAGCUGGAGCAACAGCUGGAGGAGCAGAAACAGAUCCGACUUCAGGAUGCCAAAACAGUGGAGGAGAAAGCAGCUAAGAUCAAGGAAUGGGUGAUGCUAAAGUUGUCAGAGUUUGAGGUGGAGAACGCAGCCUUAAGAGAAACCAACAGGCAGCAGGAGGCCCAGAUUGUGGAGUUACAGAAACAAGUGCAGGUCUUUGAGCAGAAGUGUGGUGAGGGACAAGGAGUCCUGUGCAGACCAGGGGAGGCCCAGCGUCUCAGCAGCCUGACGUUUGGCUGUUUCCAGGUGAGGGGGAAGAGUCCCCAGGUCCUCACUGGACCAGCACCCUGCCAGAGGAGCCUGAGCACCCAGGGAGAGACUGAGGGCAGAGAUAAGACUGAGAAGAGGAGUAAGCAGCCAGUCUUCUCAGGGACAAACGGUGAAGUCCAGACCCCUGACCAGACUGGACUUCUGGGUAAUCGUCUGGAGGAAGGUGCAUCUGAGGAAGCACAUGAGCCUGAGUCCCGCAGCAUCUCCUCCGUUCUCUCCAGCGCUGCAUCAGAGGGGGAGGGAGGGGGAGGAGGAGGGUGUGCUCUGGAGUUCAGCCGCCCCGGCAGUGACACCUACCUGACUGCUUCGGACGACAGCAGCUCUCUGUUCGACGACGAAAUGCAGCGCGCCGAGCGGCCCCACUUCAGCCUGCUAGGCUCAUCAGAGGGGCCUCUGGGAGGCUGUAAGGAUGGGGAGGAGGAGGGGGGGGCACACAGGGCCAAGCUGGGGGACUGCACCUCAGAGGAGCUCAACAAGCGAUUCCAGUCGCAGAGACUUGACUCCUCAUCCUCUUCCGGCGAAGCCAACACCCCUAGCCCCAUCCUCCCCCCAGCCCUCACCCCUAAACGACCCAACCCACCACAGGACCCGAGGGAUAACCCCGCAUCGCCCAAACAGCCCCGACUGCGGACCCCAGCAGGGUUUGGGUUGACGAAUGUGGCUCUGGCCAAGAAACACCUGAGCCAACCGCCAAUCAGCCGCGAGGCAGCACACGGACAAACACGCAAUGCUCUCAGCAUGCUACGCCCCCUCCGACCACAGGAAACUGACCUCGACCAGGAGCAGGAAGUUGGCAUGGAGACGGGAAGGGACACGCCUCCUCAAAGCCUCCCUUGCUCACAAGCUGUGCCUACCUCUCCAACCUUGCAGACGUUACCUGCUCCACCUGAAGCUGGUACAGAGAUCUGCCCAGAGAAGGAAGACUGUGACAGCUCAGCACCGCCUACACCCCCUUUGCACAGGCUGCCCUCCUGGGAGAGUCGCAUCUAUGCUGUCGCUAAAUCUGGAAUCCGACUGUCUGAGACAUCCUGCACAGACACUGCAAGCAAAGACCCUUACCUCCAGUCCUCCUAUCCUGCCUUUGUAAUGUACACAUCCCUCAUUUAUAAAAACAUGACUACUCCAGUUUACACUACUCUGAAGGGGAAAGCCACCAUGCUGAGCAGCAGUCCGUUCUCAGACGAGUCAUCCAGCUCCGAGGAGUCCUCUAGCUCUGGAGAAGAGGACGGCUCCCUCUGCAGUUCCCACACCUCGUCCAGCUCCCGCAAGGACAGCAGCCCAGGCAGCCCGCGCUCUCUCAAGAGAGCUGUGUCCACGUCUUCUAUGACAUCAGAGAGCGACUAUGCCAUCCCUCCUGAUGCCUACUCCACCGACACAGAGUGCUCUGAACCGGAGCAAAAACUCCCCAAAACCUGCUCUUCAACCAGCGACAAUGGCAAGAGUGAACCAAUGGAGAAGUCAGGCUACCUGUUGAAAAUGGUGAAGACCUGGAAGAAAACGUGGAAGAGACGCUGGUUUGUCCUCAAAGACGGAGAGCUGCUCUACUACAACUCACCUAGUGACGUGAUCAGAAAACCUCAGGGUCAGAUCGAAGUCAAUGCCACCAGCAGCAUCGCCCGUGGAGAGGGAAAACAAGUCCUCCAGGUGGUGACAGGGAAGCGUGUGUACUACCUGAAGGCUGACUCCCCUAACCUGCUGGAGGAGUGGCUCAGGGUGCUGCAGAGCGUUCUCAGGGUGAAAGCUGCCAGUCCUCUCUUCACCCAGCCGGAUAUUCGCCCCGGCAUGAAGGGACUGCUCAUCAAGGUGAAGCACGGCUACUCUAAGCGGGUUUGGUGUGCCCUGAUUGGGAAAACCUUGUACUAUUUCCGCAGCCAAGAGGACAAGUUCCCCCUGGGUCAGAUUAAGCUGUGGGAGGCCCAGGUGGAGGAGGUAGACAGGUCAAGAGAUUCAGAUGAUGACCUGAAGGCAUGUGGACGAGGCCUACAGGCGGCAUCUUUUACCAUCGCCAUCCACCCACAAGAGCAAGGGCCGACCUACUUGCUCAUCGAGUCACGCCACGAAAAGGACUCGUGGCUGUACCAUCUGUCUGUGGCAGCGGGCACCACCGUGGGUAACGUCGGCACUGAGUUUGAACAGUUGGUGGGAAAACUCUUCCAACUGGACGGAGAUCCAAACUCUCAGAUCUGGAGACAUCCCAUGCUGUGUUUCAGUAAGGAAGCUCUGUUGUCUCCUCUCACCACCUUGCCUUCACAAGCUCUGCAGACAGAGGCCGUUAAACUCUUUAAGACUUGUCAGCUUUUCAUCAACGUAGCCAUUGACGCUCCAGCCAUCGACUACCAUGUCUCACUGGCCCAAAGUGCUUUGCAGGUGUGUCUGGCCCACCCAGAGCUCCAGAAUGAGUUCUUCUGCCAGCUCAUUAAACAGACCCGUAGGAGGCAGCCACACGGCCAUCCAGGGCCGCUACAGGGUUGGCAGUUCCUAGCCUUGUGUGUCGGUCUGUUUCUGCCUCAGCACCCGUUCCUCUGGCUGCUCCAGGUUCACCUCAAAAGACACGGAGACGCCAGGACUGAGGUGGGAAAGUAUGCCAUCUACUGCCAACGCUCUAUGGAGCGGACCCAGCAGAAGGGCGAGAGGCAUGCCAGACCGUCACGUAUGGAAAUACUGUCGAUCCUACUGAGGAAUCCCUAUCAUCACUCUCUGCCAUUCAGCGUUCCUGUUCACUUCCUCAAUAACACCUACCAGGUGGUGAGCUUUGAUGCUUCGACCACAGUGGACGAGUUCCAGUGUCGCCUCAACCAGGACACCGGCAUAAGGAAAACAGGGCUCUCUGGUUUCAGCUUGUACACUGAUGACCCUACUGGAAGAGAGCUGGAACACUGCCUGCAAGGAGGCAUCAAGAUUUGUGACAUUAUCUCCAAAUGGGAGCAAGCCUCUAAGGAGCAGCACACUGGGAAGUCUGAAAACACCAGGACGGUCCGCCUCACCUACAAGAACAGGCUGUACUUCUCACUCCAAGUCAGGGGGGAAUCAGAGAGGGAGAGGCUGCUGCUGGCUUAUCAGACAAAUGAGGCCAUUGUAGCGGGACACUUCCCUGUUAACAAGGAGCUGGCUCUGGAAAUGGCUGCACUGCUGGCCCAGGUGGAGUUUGGAGACUUUGAGCGGCCCUUCUCAGCUCCUGGAUCAGCCCAGACCAAGUCGAACCAAACCCUGAAACAGGUCCUGGACAGAUUUUACCCAAAACAUUACCGCAGGGCAACGUCUGAGGAGCAGCUCAGACACCUGCUGCAGCGCCUCUCUGCCCGCUGGGCCUCCCUCAGGGGCCGGAGUCCCCCCGAGUGUGUCAGGAUCUACCUGACCGUUGCAAGGAAGUGGCCGUUCUUUGGAGCCAAAUUAUUUGAAGCAGAGUCUAUCGCCCCCUCUCCAGAGCAGGGGGAACGUGUUUGGCUGGCAGUGCACGAAGAUGGCAUCAGCGUUCUGGAAAACAACUCUGUUAAGCCGCUGGUGUCCCACCCGUACAAGAGCCUGAUGACGUUCGGGGGCUGCAAACAGGACUUCAUGCUGGUCGUGGGGCAGAGCAUCGGGACCAACGCCAGCAAAGACAAACCUACAGAGAAACAUCUGUUUGCUAUGGACGACUCCAAGAUUAGGGAGAUCACCCUCCUCCUCUCCAGUUACAUCAACAGCGCUCAUCAGCAGAAGGCCGCCGCCCACCACCUCUCUGCCCCGGCUCUGAUGGCGGCCCAGCCCAUCAGCCUGAGGAGCAGAGAUCUGAGGAGCAAAUCCCCACCAGCACUGGGACGCCCCAGCAAGACCCCCACGCUGCUGUGACCGCCUCCGAUCUCUCUGAGGAACGUUCACUUCACAGAAAUGAAGGAUUUAUUCACAGUUGCACAAGGCCUGAAUCCCAUUGUCACACAGCUCUUCCUUCUCAUCAGUGUGCCAGAUUCAUUUCUUGUAUGGUUGCUUGGCUGCCUACUGGAAGUGACAAGUACAGUCUUGUCCCCUUCAGUUUGUCCUUUCAUUUUAAAGCAUUUGAACUCCUGAAAGGUGACCCGAGUGCAUUCCUCAGAGAACAUAUGGAACUGGAGCAGUGAGCUGGUACAAAGGUGUCCUAAGAGACUUCGCUUAACAAUCUGCCAUAUAUCAUAUAAGACAUAGUUGGUCUACCUGAUGACUCUAAAGAUAAGUCCACACUAUUUAUUGACAGACUGAGCUAGCGUUUUAAAGGGUCAAAUAAUCCAUCUGUGCCGUGUGGUGCAUUUUUCUUCUUCUUUUUUUUUUAAAGGUGUUCUUUGAAGUAAACUUUUAUACACAAAAGGUAAUGAGGCCUUGUUAAGGAGGGUAUAUUUGUAUCUUUUUUUCUGUCCUCCUGUAGGGCACAAUAACUACCAGGAAUCAAAACCCUUCCAUAUCAUUGUAUAAUGAAGGAUACUAAAGCAUAUGGCAAGGCUGCAGCUGAAGAAAAUGUUAAUGUAAUCGUAUAUGUGUGUGUGUUUGCAAUGCAACAGAUGUAAUUGGUAAGCCCGUAGAGUGUGUGAGUUGGUCGCUUCGGGAAAGGUUUCCAGUUUAUAAGAGGACACCAGUUUGGACCCUGUGUGCUCUUAGUUACUGAAUAGCCAGAAGAGCGGUGAAACUAUAAUCAUGUACAAACACUUUAAGCCUUUCCGGCGGAGUGAACAGUGGAAAUCAGCGAGACGCCUCCAUUAAGGAUUUCACAUGACGUCAUUUAGAGAAGUAACACAGGUUUUAAGUUGAUUUUGAGGAAGAUGGUCAAGGUAUGUGAUAAGGGAACAGGUUGCUCGGGUUACAGGGAAAUAGUGUUUCUCUUUUCUGUCACCUAGCUUGAUAAAAAAUAUGAUAAACUUGAAAACAGGACUUCCUUUUUUUAUGUAUGGUACAAAGUAAAGAUAAGGUAAAAGCUGAUUUCCCCUCCCAGUAUUAUCUGAAGCCUGUGGAUAUUGUCAGGUAUUAUAAUAUAUUGUAAAUGUCUCAUAUUUG